AUGGUGAAGCAUGUAAGAGCCGCCUUGGAGAGGACUGUCAGCAUCAAUAAGGCCAUUAAUGCGCAGGAAGUGGCUGUCAAGGAGAAACACGCCAGAACAUGCAUCCUGGGCACGCACCACGAGAAGGGGGCACAGACCUUCUGGUCAGUGGUGAACCGGCUGCCACUGUCGGGCAACGCCGUGCUCUGCUGGAAGUUCUGCCACGUCUUCCACAAACUCCUUCGGGACGGCCACUCAAAUGUCCUGAAAGACUCCGUGAGAUACAAGAAUGAGCUGAGCGACAUGAGCAGGAUGUGGGGCCACCUGAGCGAGGGCUAUGGGCAGCUCUGCAGCAUCUACCUCAAACUGCUGAGAACCAAGAUGGAGUUUCACACCAAGAAUCCCCGCUUCCCUGGCAAUCUGCAGAUGUCCGACCGGCAGCUUGACGAGGCAGGGGAGAACGAUGUCAAUAAUUUUUUUCAGCUGACGGUGGAGAUGUUUGACUACCUGGAGUGUGAGCUGAACCUAUUCCAGACAGUGUUCAGCUCCCUGGACAUGUCACGCUCAGUGUCGGUGACAGCCGCGGGACAGUGCCGCCUGGCCCCGCUCAUCCAGGUGAUCCUGGACUGCAGCCACCUCUACGACUACACCGUCAAGCUGCUCUUCAAGCUCCACUCCUGUCUGCCGGCGGAUACGCUGCAGGGCCACCGGGAUCGCUUCCUGGAGCAGUUCAGAAAGCUAAAGGACCUCUUCUACCGCUCCAGCAACCUGCAGUACUUCAAGCGGCUGAUUCAGAUCCCGCAGCUGCCGGAGAACCCUCCCAAUUUCCUGCGUGCCUCAGCGCUGUCGGAGCACAUCAGCCCAGUGGUGGUCAUCCCUGCCGAGGCGUCCUCACCCGACAGCGAGCCCAUCACAGACCUGGUGGAGAUGGACACGGCCUCGCAGAGCCUCUUUGACAAUAAGUUUGAUGACAUCUUCGGCAGCUCUUUCAACAGCGACCCCUUCAACUUCAAUAGCCAGAACGGGAUGAAGAAGGACGACAAGGACCGGUUAAUUGAGCAGCUUUAUGGGGAGAUUGCAGCCCUGAAGGAGGAGCUGGAGAACUUCAAGGCCGAGAGCGCACGGGGUGUGGUGCAGCUGCGCGGUCGCGCCAGCGAGCUGGAGGCCGAGCUGGCCGAGCAGCGGCACCUGAAGCAGCAGGCGCAGGAUGAGAGUGAGUUCCUGCGCACAGAGCUGGAGGAGCUGAAGAAGCAGCGGGAGGACACUGAGAAGGCACAGAGAAGCCUGACAGAGAUUGAAAGGCGGGCGCAGGCCAACGAGCAGCGCUACAGCAAGCUGAAGGAGAAGUACAGUGAGCUGGUGCAGAACCAUGCCGACCUGCUGCGGAAGAACGCGGAGGUGACCAAGCAGGUGACAGCGGCCAGGCAGGCCCAGGGGGAUGUGGAGCGGGAGAAGAAGGAGCUGGAGGACUCCUUCCAGCGGGUGAGCGAGCAGGCUCAGAGGAAGUCUCAGGAGCAGGCAGAGGUGCUGGACACGCUGAAGCGGGAGGUGGCAGCCAGCAGACAGGAGCUGCAGGUCCUCCAGGGCACCCUGGAGUCCAGCGCGCAGGCAGGAGCAGAGCAGAGCACCCGGAUCGCUGGCCUGGAGCAGGAGAGGGACAGCCUGAGCCGGGCAGCGGAGCGGCACGGGGAGGAGAUGGCUGCCCUGCGGGCUGAGCUGCAGGGGCUGCGGGAGGUGCUCAGCCGUGAGCAGGAGAGCAGCAAGAUGGAGCUGGAGACGUUGCAGACCCGGCUGAGAGAGAAGGAGAGCGGGGAGCAGGCGCUGCAGCGGCGCCUAGCUGAGGAGCAGUUUGCCCUGCUGCGGGGCACCGCGCGGGAGGCGGAGCGCAUGGUUCAGGAUGCCCCGCGUUUGAGUCCUGCCUGCUGUCUGCCUGCAGAUUGCCUCCUGUCCAGGACGCUGGCGGCCUCCGAGUGCGUGGAGCGGCUGCGGGACGCACAUGGCAAAUACCUUUCCAAUUGCGCAGCCAUGGGCUCCCUGCUGCCCUGCCUGGCCCUCUUUGCCCACCUCGUCAGUGACACCCUCCUGCAGGGCAGCGCUACCUCCCACGUGGCCCCCAUGGAGCCCGCCGACCGUCUGCUGGAGAUGUGCAAGCAGUGCGGCAGCGAGGCUGUGAGCUACCUCAGCGCCCUGCAAGACCCAGGGACGGUGGAAAGCGCCGACUGCAGCCCGGUGACCGCCUGCCUGGGCCGGAUUAGCACCAUCGGGGAGGAACUGCGGCCCAGAGGGCUGGACGUCAAGCAGGAGGAGCUGGGUGACCUGGUGGACAAGGAGAUGGCAGCAACAGCGGCAGCCAUUGAAACAGCAUCCGCCCGCAUUGAGGAGAUGCUGAGCAAGGCGCGGGCUGGUGACACUGGGGUCAAACUGGAAGUGAACGAGAGGAUCCUGGGCUCCUGCACGGGCCUCAUGCAGGCCAUCCACAUCCUGGUCCUGGCCUCCAAGGACCUCCAGAGAGAGAUCGUGGAGAGUGGACGGGGUGCGGCAUCCCCCAAGGAGUUUUAUGCCAAGAAUUCCCGCUGGACCGAGGGUCUCAUCUCCGCCUCCAAGGCCGUGGGCUGGGGUGCCACCGUCAUGGUCGACGCUGCCGACCUGGUCGUGCAAGGCAAGGGGACGUUCGAGGAGCUGAUGGUCUGUUCCCGGGAGAUCGCAGCCAGCACCGCCCAGCUGGUUGCAGCCUCCAAGGUGAAGGCAGACAAAGACAGCACCAACCUUUGCAAGCUCCAACAAGCCUCCCGGGGCGUCAACCAGGCCACGGCUGGCGUGGUGGCCUCCACCAAGGCCGGGAAGUCGCAGGUGGAGGAGAAAGACAGCAUGGACUUCUCCAGCAUGACGCUCACCCAGAUCAAGCGUCAGGAGAUGGACUCGCAGGUGCGGGUGCUGGAGCUGGAAAACCAGCUGCAGAAGGAGCGGCAGAAGCUGGGGGAGCUGCGCAAGAAGCACUACGAGCUGGCAGGAGUGGCAGAGGGCUGGGAGGAGGACGCUGCGGAUUAACAUCUGCAGCAGAAGCAGCCUGCAGGGGACCCCCCCCCAAGGUGGGCUGGGGCCCAGCUUGGCGCAGCCUUUUGGGAAGAUCCACAAUAAACCGGUGCAAAAGCCACCCCGAAGCACAUGUCCUCCACAUCCCC